AUGGCCAAGGACAGCAAUGGGACUAAAGUGGAAGAACCGCCAAGAUAUUUGCUGAAGUUUGAACAAAUUUCUCUCUCCAAGCCUACUCACUGGGAAAGCGAUGGUGCUCCUUCACCACUGAUGCCAAAUGAGGCCAGAUUACGAAACCUCACGUAUUCUGCUCCACUUUAUGUUGAUAUAACAAAAAUAGUCAUUAAAAAAGGUGAAGAACAACUUCAGACUCAGCAUCAGAAAACAUGUAUAGGAGAAAUUCCAAUUAUGUAUAGGAAAAAUUCAACUUAUUGCCUAUUGAAUGGCUUAACGGAUCGUGAUCUUUGUGAGUUAAAUGAAUGCCCCUUGGAUCCUGGUGGCUAUUUCAUUAUUAAUGGAUCAGAAAAGGUUCUAAUUGCACAAGAAAAAAUGGCAACGAACACAGUCUACGUGUUUGCCAAAAAGGAUUCUAAAUCUGCCUACACAGAAGAGUGUAGAUCAUGUCUGGAGAAUUCUUCCUGACCCACCAGUACUAUUUGGGUUAGCAUGCUGGCAGGAGGAGGACAGGGUGCAAAAAAGAGUGCUAUUGGUCAGUGCAUUGUGGCAACUCUACCAUAUAUCAAGCAAGAAGUUCCCAUUAUUAUUGUAUUCAGAGCAUUAGGUUUCGUGUCUGACAGAGCUAUUUUAGAGCAUAUUAUUUAUGAUUUUGAUGUUGCAGAGAUGUGGGAUAUGGUUAAACCUUCUCUCGAUGAAGCUUUUGUCAUCCAAGAACAGAAUGUUGUCUUAUUUAGAGGCCUGUUUAAGAAUCUGCUUAAAGAAGUUCGGAUCUAUGCACAGAAGUUUAUUGAUGGAGGAAAGGAUUUUAACUUGGAGUUGGCAAUUAAAACAAGGAUUAUAUCUGGUGUACAAUACUCUUUAGCGACUGGAAACUGGGGUGACCAAAACAAAGCUCAUCAAGCCAGAGCCGGAGUAUCUCAAGUGUUAAACCGCCUGACGUUUGCAUCCACUCUUUCUCACCUGCGUCGUUUAAAUUCUCCAAUCGGUAGAGAUGGCAAGCUGGCAAAACCGAGGCAGUUGCAUAAUACGUUGUGGGGAAUGGUGUGUCCUGCUGAGACUCCAGAGGGCCAUGCUGUAGGACUUGUGAAGAAUUUAGCCCUGAUGGCUUAUAUUUCAGUUGGAUCUCAACCUUCCCCAAUUCUGGAAUUUUUAGAAGAAUGGAGUAUGGAAAAUUUAGAAGAAAUUUCUCCUGCAGCUAUUGCUGGCGCAACCAAGAUUUUUGUUAAUGGCUGCUGCGUUGGAAUACAUAAAGAUCCUGAACAACUUAUGAACACUCUAAGGAAAUUGCGGCGUCAGAUGGACAUCAUUGUGUCUGAAGUUUCUAUGAUCAGAGAUGUUCGAGAGAGGGAGAUUCGGAUCUAUACAGAUGUCGGUCGUAUUUGUAGACCACUUCUGAUUGUGGAAAAACAAAAGCUUCUGUUGAAGAAGAGACAUAAUGAUCAACUGAAAGAGAGAGAAUAUAACAACCACAGUUGGCGGGAUCUUGUGGCCAGUGGGGUAGUGGAAUAUACUGAUACUCUAGAAGAAGAAACAGUGAUGCUGGCAAUGACUCCAAAUGAUUUACAAGAGAAAGAAGUAGCUUAUUGUUCCACAUAUACACACUGUGAGACUCACCCAUCAAUGAUUCUUGGUGUCUGUGCAUCUAUUAUUCCAUUUACUGAUCAUAACCAGUCCCCUAGAAACACAUACCAGUCUGCUAUGGGUAAGCAGGCCAAGGGAGUCUAUAUCAUCAACUUUCAUGUCCGUAUGGAUACAUUGGCCCAUGUUCUCUAUUAUCCUCAAAAACCGCUUGUGACUACACCGUCUGUGGAAUAUCUGCGAUUUAGAGAGUUGCCAGUAGGUAUCAAUUCAACUGUGGCCAUUGCAUCAUACACUACCAUCAAUCGUUCAGCGGUAGACCGAGGCUUUUUCAGGUCCGUUUUCUAUCGAUCAUACAAAGAACAGGAGUCUAAAAAAGGAUUUGCCCAAGAAGAGUUUGAGAAGCCUACACGUGAAACAUGCCAGGGUAUGAGGCAUGCUAUAUAUGACAAGCUGGAUGAUGAUGGUCUGAUAGCUCCCGGGGUCCGUGUAUCGGGAGAUGAUGUUAUUAUAGGCAAAACAGUCACCCUGCCUGAAAAUGAAGAUGAGCUGGAGAGCACUAACAGACGCUAUACCAAGAGAGACUGUAGCACUUUUCUCAGGACUAGUGAGACAGGCAUUGUGGACCAGGUUAUAGUAACUCUCAACCAGGAAGGAUAUAAAUUUUGUAAAAUAAGGGUACGCUCUGUUAGAAUUCCACAGAUUGGAGACAAAUUUGCCAGUCGACAUGGUCAAAAGGGUACUUGAGGUAUUCAGUACAGACAAGAGGAUAUGCCUUCCACCUGCGAAGGAAUCACCCCUGAUAUCAUCAUAAAUCCCCAUGCCAUCCCCUCUCGUAUGACAAUUGGUCACUUGGUUGAAUGUCUUCAAGGGAAGGUUUCAGCUAACAAAGGUGAAAUUGGUAAUGCCACUCCAUUUAAUGAUGCCGUUAAUGUGCAGGAGAUUUCUAACCUUUUGUCCGAUUAUGGCUACCAUCUAAGAGGAAAUGAGGUCUUGUACAAUGGAUUCACUGGAAGAAAAAUCACAUCACAAAUUUUCAUCGGCCCCACUUAUUAGCAGCGUUUGAAGCAUAUGGUGGAUGACAAGAUUCAUUCUCGUGCUAGGGGGCCUAUUCAGAUUCUUAACAGACAGCCCAUGGAGGGUAGAUCCCGGGAUGGUGGCCUGUGUUUUGGUGAAAUGGAACGAGACUGUCAGAUUGCCCAUGGAGCAGCCCAGUUUUUAAGGGAAAGACUGUCUGAGGCAUCAGAUCCAUAUCAGGUUCAUGUCUGCAAUCUUUGUAGAAUAAUGGCGAUUGCUAACACCAGGACCCAUACGUAUGAAUGCAGGGGCUGUCGGAAUAAAACCCAGAUUUCUUUGCUGCGAAUGCCUUAUGCGUGCAAACUGUUGUUUCAUGAGCUUAUGUCUAUGAGCAUUGCACCUCAAAAGAUGAGUGUUUAGCUCUUUUAAAAGAUUCUCAACAAGACACUUAUCAAUGCCUUUUGUGUCUUAUUUUAAUGAUAUAGCUUUUUAAAAUAACAAAUAAAUGUGUUACAUUGUGA